UAACUAAAUCAGAAUUCAUACAUCAUUCAUACAUCUGUGUCCCGUCCCGUCCUGUCCUGCACAGACCCCAACUGCAGGCUUUACAACCGCUCAUUGGACGAGACUUUCCGAUUUUAGCCGAAGAUCUCACGAACCCGAGUGCUCCAUCGGAAAAGUUCUCGAAGUUUCCCGAACGCUCCACGAGUCUCUGGCAAUCAGUCAGUCAGUCAGCCGGCAGACUGAGCGCACAGGCGGCGGAGCGUCUCUGUCUCUCUCUGUUUCUCUCUCUCAGAGUUUGGGGUCUAUCCGGUUGUUUCUGCCUGUAUUUGCGGUCUGUGUGCGGUGAUGUCUGAGCUGUGUUAUAACAGAGGCUGCGGACUGAGGUUUGAUCCGGAUAGCAGUCCUGAGGUGGUCAGGACCCCCAUGGACCCCCACAGAGCAGAUGCCUGCACGUUCCACCCUGGGAUUCCAGUGUUCCACGACGCUCUGAAGGGCUGGUCCUGCUGUAAGAGACGCACCACGGAUUUCUCAGACUUCCUCAGCAUCUCUGGCUGCACUAAAGGCCGCCACAGUAACAAGAGACCUCCUCAACCGGUGAAGCCAGAGGUGAAGUCUUCAGGAGAGAAGAAGGAGCUGGAGGACCUGAAACCUCGGUUUGAUGAGUACAUUAUUCAGGCUCCGAAACCGCUGGAGUUCAUCAAGAGACCCAGUGCCGACGAACCACUGGUGGAGCUGCAGCAGAAGGUCUCUCCCUCCCUGAGACAAGCUCUCGAGAAACUCAGACUCCAAUCAGAGACCAAUCAGAGCAUAGAGAAAGAGGAGGAGGGGAACGAGGUGAAGAUCGGGACAGCAUGUAAGAACGGAGGCUGUUCUAAGACAUUCUCUGGGCCAAAGAGUAAUGAGGAGACGUGUUUGUAUCAUCCAGGAGGGCCUGUCUUUCAUGAAGGGAUGAAAUACUGGAGCUGCUGUCGGAGAAAAACGUCUGACUUUAACUCGUUCCUGUCUCAGGAGGGAUGCAGUAAAGGAGCCCAUGUGUGGAAGAACGCAGAGGGAAAGAAGGUGGUGCCGUGUCGGUUUGAUUGGCAUCAGACCGGUGCUCAGGUGACCGUCUCCAUCUACGCCAAAAACUCCAACCCUGAGCUGUGUUCUGUACGGGCCAACAGCACCACGGUCUGUAUCAGUGUGAUCUUCGAGGGAGAGAAGGAGUUUGAGCAGAAGAUCAGUCUGUGGGGGGUGAUCGACGUCAGUAAGAGCAUUGUCAACGUGAUGGCCUCCAAAAUUGAAAUCUCCCUGAAGAAGGCGGAGCAUAUGUCCUGGGCCCGGCUGGACCUGCCCCCUCCUCAGCCCCCGUACACCCAUGAGAAGAAAGAGAAGAGGACGGAGAGAGUCCGUAUAACACAAACUCAGGAGAGCCGAGUCGCCGUUACCCAGCAGGUUCUCUGAUCUGAACUGACAUCUCAAUCUCCAUCUCAUACAUCCUCACUCCGUCCUCCACCCUCACGUUCACACAUUCACAGACGCAGACCUGGAGAGCCUGAGCACAGCAGAUAAUCACCUCAGUGGCUUUAUCGAGUUUUGAACCAACAACCUCCUCAUAACAGCCUUACACUGCAUUUAUGGUGCUCCGGCGUGCCGAACAGACGUGUGCGCUUCUUCCCUGUUCGGUCGGCUGAGAAAUUUCCCUACGAAAUCUAUUUGAAAUUUCGCUGCUGGUCCUUGCCGUGCAGGAACGUUUGAAAAGUGGAACCGAUGUUUCACUCCUUGAGCUGCAGACACGCAGACACAUUGCAUUGGCCAGAUUAAUUUACAAGUUUAAUUUACAAGUUCAGCUUUUGCAUCAUGGACCACUGGGCCACGUCUGAGCGAACCGCCGCUUCCCAUUGAAACCGAAUGGGAUACGCUGCAUUGACCUGCUGGAACAGUCUAACUGCAGCAUUAUUGGGGCUCCGACUGUGAUCGUCUCAUGGAAAAGGAGUGAAAAACACUGUCAUACGCUCUUAAAAACAAUGGGUUCUUUAAUAAAGACAGUGGUUCUAUAUAGAUCCUGAGCACAUGUGCGCGUUAAACAUUUGAGGAAUAAAUCAUCACUGUCCAAAAGUA